CCAUGACAGAAGAUGACCGAGGCAGCGCUGGUGGAGGGCCAGGUCAAGCUGCGGGACGGCAAGAAGUGGAAGAGUAGGUGGCUGGUGCUGCGCAAGCCAUCGCCGGUGGCAGACUGCCUGCUGAUGCUGGUCUACAAGGACAGGUGUGAACGCUCCAAGGGCCUGCGGGAGCGCAGCAGCCUCACCCUGGAGGACAUCUGUGGCCUGGAGCCUGCCCUGCCCUAUGAGGGCCUGGCCCACACUCUGGCCAUCAUCUGCCUGUCCCAGGCUGUCAUGCUGGGAUUUGACAGCCAUGAGGCCAUGUGUGCCUGGGAUACCCGUAUCCGCUACGCACUGGGCGAGGUACAUAGGUUCCAUGUGACAGUAGCUCCUGGCACCAAACUGGAGAGUGGUCCGGCCACUCUCCACCUCUGCAAUGACAUCCUCGUCCUGGCCAGAGACAUCCCUCCAGCCGUCACGGGGCAGUGGAAGCUGUCUGAUCUCCGGCGUUAUGGGGCUGUGCCGAAUGGGUUCAUCUUCGAAGGCGGGACCAGGUGUGGGUACUGGGCUGGAGUCUUCUUCUUGUCCUCAGACGAAGGAGAGCAGAUUAGCUUCCUGUUUGACUGCAUUGUCCGGGGCAUCUCACCGACCAAAGGCCCAUUCGGUCUCCGGCCAGUUCUCCCAGACCCGAGUCCUGGGGGACCCUUGGCCUCAGAGGAACGUGUUGCCCAGGAGGCGCUGGAGGCCCUACAGCUAGAGAAGAGGCUCAGCCUGCUCUCACACUCUGGCCGGCCAGGCAGCGGAGGGGAUGAUCGGAGCGUAUCCAGUUCCUCCUCUGAGGCCAGUCACUCAGACAUCAGCGCCAGCAGCCGGCUCACUGCAUGGCCGGAGCAGUCCUCAUCCUCAGCCGGCACAUCCCAGGAAGGGCCAGGAGGGCUAGUGGCCGCCCAGGGCUCAGGAGAAGCCAUGCUGGGAGGCUCCAGGCCACCCCUCAAGCCACUGCGGCCUCGGCAGUUACAGGAAGUCGGCCGCCAGAGCUCCUCUGACAGCGGCAUUGCCACAGGCAGCCAUUCCUCCUACUCUGGCAGCUUCUCAUCCUACGCUGGCAGCAGCCUGGACGUGUGGAGGGCAGGAGAGGAAUUCGGGUCCCUACUCAGCCUGCCCCCUGGAGCCAGCGCACCUGAGCCCAGACUGUGUGCCUGCCCACCGGGGGCGGCUGAGUACCAGGUGCCCACUUCAUUGCGACACCACUAUGACACACCUCGAAGCCUGCGCCAGGGUCCCAGGGACCCAAGCCCAGCCUCUCAGGGCGGCUCUGACCACAGUUCAGCCACGGACUUGAGUGGUCAGGCAUCCACGGGGUGUCCCUCCAGUUCUAUGGGAGCUCGAAGACGGGGACAGACAACGGAAGGCCCAGGCAGUGAAGCUGCGCUGCCCAGUCCAUCCCCUGGCGAGUCCUGGGAAGCAGGCAGCCCCCACGCAGGGCUGCCUCCAGCUUUCUUUUUGUCAUGUUCAGUCUGUGGCGGACUCAAGGUAAAGCCCCCUCCCUGAGAUAGCAGGCUGGCCGCUGCUGCCAAGGGCUGGAUACGACCCCUCCAGACAGGAGAGGAGGGGCCCUAGCCUCUUUGCAGAGGGGGUGCUUUGUGCUGUUUUGAGAAGCCACCAGACCUGUAACCGGGGCCUCAGGGGCAGGGUGACAACCACAGGGCUGUCCUCCCCUAGGUAGAUGCUGUGGCUGCCAGAGAUGGAGGCUGGUCAGGUUGGGGUCAGGAGAGCCCCUGAACCAGCUUUUCCACCUAUCUUCUCACCCGGUGCAUCGGCACAAGGGUGCUAUGACCAUGGGCUCCUGUCAUUUGUUGCACUGUCAGGGGCAGAAGACCUCCACGGCUGAGGUCGGUUCUCAGAGACAACAAAGCUUGGCCUGGUCCACUGUCCUCUUCCGGGGUAACUGACCCUCUGUCAUUCUUGGUCGUUUCUGCAGUAUACAGGUACACUGCCUACCCCAAAUCAAAUCUACUGCAGCUGUUCCGGAGUCCCUAGUUCUGGGAGACGGCAGCUCUGUGUAUGCAGCCCAGAGACCGGGCACGGUCCAUGUGUGAUCUGUUUUACACGUCACCCUGCAGCACCCACAGGUGGGGGCGGCGUCCCAUCCCGUGGGGAGGAAACUGACGCUCAGGAGGCUCCAUGAUUCGCGGGGUCAGUGGCAUUGACGCCCCCUCUGUGCUUCAGAUCAGCCUGCUCCUGAGCCCCUGGAGGGCUCUGAGAAGUGGGCGGCCUGACAAGAGUAUGCAUCACCCCCCCAGAGGCUGAGUUUGCCCAGGCUCCCGAGAUCAGUUUGCUGGAGGGCGUCUCGUAAAACCCUCCCAGUAGUGUACCCCUGCUCCAGGAGUGCCUCCUUGCUGGGACCAGGAAGCUGGUGGCCAGGACCAGGUGGAAAAAGGAAGGGCCACGCUGGCAUUUGGAAGGCUCUGGCCCUGCCCACAGGUCACCCUGGCUCUGUGCUGGGCCGUCUCCCAACCCAGGCUGUACGUUCCCUUGCACGGAGCAGAGGUGUUCUGCUCCCCUGUGUCAGAGGGUCAGUGCGGCUGUGCCCACCCCUUAUGAGUCUCUCCGUUGGCACCGAUGGUUUCAAUCUGCCAGGCCAACUUACCUGUAAAAGCCUUGAUUUGUACCUGCAUUUCGGCCAAUCAUGUUGCUCUAUUGAGUUUUUAAGAUCUGUUUGUAAUACAUUCUCAG